AUGCAACAACUAUUACUUGACCCAAACCUUAAAGGCAAACGUGUAAAAGGUAAGGGCCUGAAGUUCUCAUGUGCUUUACGUCUCACCCUGUUGAUUGUUCUCAAAAAAAUAACUAUGAAUGGUGACGCUCUAUUUUCAAAUAACACUGACACAACUGACAGCAUCCUCCCCUAUAAUCACAGGCCAAGAACUGACUUAAUUAAUAAACUGGUACUAACUGACACACAAAUCCGUGCUAUAACGUUGGAUAGACCAGCGACAUACAUAUGUCGCUACAGGAAAACAAUCGGAAGCAAACUUGGCGAGUUACUUGUGCUUGUUUCUCAAGUAAAGAUAAUUGUCAAGCAUUUGAUGUUUGAGAAGAUCACAAAAAAAAAGUAUUUUGUAAAUUUAGAAUAUAGAAACGCAGAUAUUUUAUUUAGGUUGGAUUUGAUAUUACAAUGGAAGAGCUGUAUCACCACUGUAAUCUGA